GUUUCUACAUAUAGAGGCGAGCGCGCCUCGCGAAAGCAGUCUCCUCCAAACCGCGUAGCAAUAAAAGACGGGACAUAAACAAUAGAGCGCCGCUCAUCGAUCCGCCGAAUCGACGUGCGUCAAUCACCGUCGUCACGUGCAUCGACAUCAAGCGCGGGUCGCUCGAGGAGGAAUUCAAACGGAAUCUCACGGAAUCACCGCGUUUCCGCCGGAACUGGGCGGCGAUCUCGAGACGCACACCGCAUUCACGUGUUCUUCUCGGGUGAUCUCUUAAUUGCGCCGAUAUGGAGCAAGGUGGCAUAAUAUCUCCACCGGGUGUCGUGGAGAGCUCGGUCGCGAAAUCCAAGAGCAUCGGCAUCACGCUCAGAUCCAACGGCAGCAUGCAGACGGCGAAAAAGAAGCUCAAGGCGCCCUGGCUGAAGAAACUCUUGAAGGUGGACGCCACGUUGUGGGACACGUUCUUGGCCGCUUUGGGAGAAGUGGUCGGCACGGCGUUGCUGGUAUUCGUGGGAUGCAUGGGAGGUAUUGGCACUAUGGGAACAAUACCGUCGACCUUACAAAUUUCCCUCACCUUUGGCUUGGCCAUCAUGGUCGCUAUAGAGUGCGUCGGUCACAUCAGCGGGGCUCAUCUUAAUCCGGUUGUUACAGUAGCGGCUGUGAUCCUCGGCGACAAGUCCCUGCCGAUCGCAGGAGUCUACAUGAUUGCACAAUUUUUGGGUUGUCUGAUAGGUUACGGCCUGCUAAAGAUGCUAACGCCAACGGGGUUUCUACGCGCCAACCAGUUAGCAGACAACGCAUCCUUCUGCACACUGAAUCUCAAUGCGAGUGCGAAUAUGACACCCGUGGCUGGAGUCGCGGCUGAGAUUUUAGCGACAGCAAUACUUAUAUUUUUCACCUGCGCGGUUUGGGACCCGCAGAACUCACACAAGGCUGACUCGCUCUCGCUCAAGUUCGGCCUCUGUAUCACGAUGCUAUGCCUUGCCUUUAUACCUUUUACCGGCUGCGGCCUCAACCCCGCCAGGGUAUUCGCACCUGCCGCCUGGAACGGCUACUGGACCAACCACUGGGUGUACUGGGUCGGUCCGCUUUUAGGCUCCAUCAUAGCGUCCUCGAUCUACCGUUGCGUGUUUUCGUCCAAGAGGAAGCGGAACGACUCUAUGCAAGACACGAACACUUUGAACGGCAUCGAGACUAUCAUCCACGAGUCGGCGGUCCACAUUCCUGGAAGAGACAUUUGCACAAAUCGAAUCACGGAGGUCGAGGCGCGAUCACCUCUCAUUGCGGUGUCUCAUCGCGGUGCGAUUACGCGGGGACUUACGUUCGGGACUCUCGUUCAUAAGGAGGCUGCCAGACGGAGUGUGCGGGUCUCUCUCUCUUUCUCUCCGCUAGUGGUGGUUCCUCCGGUCGUCCCGGCCGUCUAUAAUCGGAAGUUCCAGCGUCGGGACACACACAUUUGUGCUCUGUGGUGUUGUGACUUCGCGGGUCAGCCAAGCUGCGCCGUCAUGCCGGCCGAUUUUCGUGCAGGGUUCAAGAAAUGGAUGCAAGGAGAGGGCACCAUGAAGAGGAAUCUGAUCUGCGGAUUGGCGGAGUUGAUCGGCACGGCACUCCUGGUGUUUAUGGGAUGCAUGGGAUGCGUGGGUAGCCUCGGCGUAGUACCUCCUCAUCUGCAAAUAACGCUAACCUUCGGCCUGGCCGUUAUGGUCGUGAUUCAGUGCAUCGGUCAUAUCAGUCAAGCUCACAUUAACCCUGCGGUCACUAUGGGCGCUGUCGUCCUCGGGAAAAAGUCCAUCCCCGAAGCUUUAAUUUACAUCGUGUCGCAGGUGAUUGGCGGUAUUCUGGGUUACGGUAUGCUGAAGGUGGUAACGCCGAAGGAGCACCUGACAUCCGGCUCGAUCGAUCAGGCCGAUAUGUUCUGCGUGACCGAUGUAAACGGCAGCCUGUCGGCGAUCCAAGGCUUCCUCCUCGAAGCCAUCGGCGCCGCCGUUCUCAUGCUGGUCGUGUGCUCAGUCUGGGAUAUCAGGAACGAGCACAACACGGACUCAGCGCCGAUCAAAUUCGGUUUCACCGUGGCCGUACUGGCGACUACGAUCGGCCCCUAUACCGGUUGCAGCAUGAACCCGGCGAGGUCAUUCGCACCGGCAUUGUGGAACAAUCAGUGGUCGCGUCACUGGGUCUACUGGUUCGGCCCAAUCGCCGGUGCCCUGCUUUCCGCCUUCAUGUACAAGACCGUCUUCGGCGUUCCGGAUAAGGUCGAGGAGGAACCUGUUCCCGAAGCGGUCGCCCUCAACAGUGUGGAGAGCCAGAAGACAGAGCCCUAAUUCAACGGCGAAGAGGAGGAGGAGGAGGUGGACAUCAUCGAGGUGGCAGGCGAUAAGGACAAGCUAAAACUCGAUCAACACUUUCGCAACACGCGAGAAAAUCAAACUUCCGGCGCGCGGAGGGAGAGAGUUUCUGCGUGCUCUCCGGAACGCAUGGGCGAUUUGACAGAGUCUCCCGGUCCCAGGAUCGCUCCAUGAUCUUCGAGGCUCAACCAGGAUGCUUUCACAAUCCCCGAGAUACGCGGAAUAGAAGACAAUCAUCUCUCGGCUCGCCGCCGUCGAGCGUUCCGCGUUAAAUCAUCGUCAACAUAGACUUACGUAGUACUCCUCACACACAUACCCGACGAAACUGUGCGAGUCAUGCUAUUCCAUUUAGUCGUUAACUUUGAGAGCGCGAACGUCCGUAGUCGUUAACGUCGCAAACGACAAUAUGACUACUUGAUCUAAAUCUUAUACGGAGAAAACGGAGAAAACUGCUAUGAUAAUGCUACAUUCUCAUAUUCGAUUAUUAGGGAGAAAAUUUAUAUGAUUUCGAGUCAAGCGGAUAUGACAUUCAAAGUUGCUGUUGUUACAUGCCAAUCCAUAUAGUUCUCACAGCCAUAGUUCUUACGAUACGUAAUAUCCAGUUAGUACAUUCACAUAUAUAUAGUUGCCUCAAUCGAAGGAACAUUGCUGUUUCUCUAUUGUGGCAUGCAGACAAAUAUUAUGGCUGAGAGAUCCGUAGAGAUCCGGCUGGUUACACCGUAAAUCACUGAGAGUACCGCUCAAACAUGCAUGGACAGGCAGUAAAUUAAGCCAAUGUACCACUUCCAGAAUACUAUGAUUACUAUAGCUAUGUUGCAUGCAUAUUGAACUGAAAGAUAACGUUUUGUCGUGGCAACUAUCUAGGCGAAUGAUAUCCUUAGUGUUUUCUCUGUGCAGAUCUGUAUUAAUAGUCAUUACUUGAGAUUUGCCUCAGGUAAGAUUUGAAUUCAGAGUUGUGAACUUUUCAGUUGAAUCACAAUUACAGAUAUUACGUCAUAUAUAUCAUAUUAUUCAACUAAAAAAUUCAGAUCUAGAUCUGAGAUUCCGAUCUGAAUGUCACACGUGAGGCAAGUUUCAGGUAACGACUAUUAACGCGAGCUGCAGGGAUAAGCUAAGAAACUUUAAUGAGAAAUUUUUUGUAUAGAAUCCGGAUUUUUAAUUAAAUUUGUCUGUGUGUGGCUUGCCCGUUUAAUUAAGGAUGUCGGAAUACCGCGAAAUGAAACUCUUAUGCGGCGCGCAAAGAUAUCACAACGCGAUUCUCGAGGAUGUCUCGGAAGCGCGAUUAAAUGCUUGUCAAUACGAAACGCGAGAUCGACCUCGGCUAAGCUAUCGUAUACCACUUUCUCUCUGUAACAUAGUGUACAUUCGUUUGCCAUACAUAGGUAUCUCGAUCAUCUCGACAUUUAUUGUACGUAUACAAUAUACCGCGUGUAUGAAACGCAUAUACACGCGAUGUAUUGUGUACGUACUUCUUCUUCGUAUCCAUAAUACAUACUAGAGAUAAAUACUGUAUACACGACGUCGACGUGAGAGAAAAUAGCAUGCAGACGAUUUUAAUGUUUAAUAAGCUUAGUCUCGCGCGACGAGACGCUCCUUGAUUCUUGUUACAUUCUGCAUGGAUUUCGCGAGUUUCAAGUCCACGAUAUAAAAAGAAUUCGUGCUAUUUUCGCUCCGUCCAUCUCGUAUGCCCGUGGCAUUUUAAUGUAACUAUCACACACGUAACUCGGUUAAACGUCAUAAUACUCCUACGCGAUAUCGUUUGAUGGAUCGUUUUUAGCGGUUAUUCACUUGGAGAGGGAGAAAGAGAGACAGAGAGAAAGAGAAAAAGAGAGUGAGAGAGAGAGAAAGAAAGAGAAAAAGAAAAAGCAAACUAUUUUGUACUCCCGUUUAUUGGUCGUCCGAUGGCCGGGAGCGAGAGCGUUGGCUCUCCUUCGGACGAACGGGCAACCCGAUGACUUUUACGUAUUUUUGUUUCGUAAAUAUACGAUCGUUAUUUCUACAGUUACGCGUAUACACACUCGCAACGUCACGGCGGGAAAAGCGCCCGUCGUCGUCAGGAAAAGAGAUUCUCUCUUGUGCCCGUCGGAGCGGCGUGUACUUUCGACAGCUUUCCAACGCGAGGCAAAUAAUUGUGAUUUUUGCUACUCAUGUACUUCAUAAGGUACAUAACAUUCACGAAUAUACGUGUGUGUGCACAAAAUGACGCUUAAAAGUGCUUAAUUAAUUAUUCGGACCAGCGCGACUCCCUAUUUCCGUCUCCCGUGGAAAAAAAGAAGAAGCGUUUGCCCUUCGUGUCCUCAUUCGAUCCUCCGGUCGUCAUUAAACGUACGAAGCGAUUUAAUAUACUGAUAAACCAUGAUGCAUGCGUCCUCGGUGAAGUUUUAUGUUUGUGGCGUAACAUCAAAACGCGCGAGUGGAAAUAACAGUUCUGAUUGAAGAGGAUUGAGCGAAUGUCAUCGAAAAAAACGUGACGCGCGCAAAAAAGUGUAAUUUUUUGAUUUCCCUCUUUUGCCGCGGGCUGUAUGCACCGCCGAAAUUUGUAACUCGCUUCGCAAUCUACGUCGCCCGCGCGUCCGCAUCGGAGCACAAACAUUUCAUCAGCCCGUCUAAAACGACGAAAAAAAAAGGAGGUAACAAAGACUAAUAGCGUCAUCCUCUCGCGCUUCAAUCGUCACGCGUUAAUCGGCCAUCGAUUGCAACGACCAUUUAUUACGCGCGCGCGAAACAUUUAUAGUAUCACGUUUAAAUUAUUACCGUUUAACGAGUCGCGUGUAAUGCUCGCUGAGCAUGUAUGUGAUCAUUAACAAUGAGCUUUGACGUGCAGUACCACGCAUUGUGAAAGUGGGAACAAAAGCGAAGUACUUCGUCGCUUUGCUUCUCGCAAUAAUAUAUCACAUGCCGUUUGUCUUUGUCACGAUAUAUAAGCGAUCACCAGUCGUGCAAUUUCACGUGUCUUAAUAGCGGAGUGCAAAAAUGACUCUGCAAACAUUGCGUCAAGACGUACGUAUCAGUUACGUAGGUACAGCGUCCAUUUUCUUCGGGCUGCUCACUUUUGUAUACGUUUUAUCGUUUCUCAAGAAGACAAAACAAGCAACACGAAGACAAUGUAACAGUUUAACGCAUGAAAUAGAAUUCUACUAUUUUUACUACAUUAUUAAUACCAAAAAUUAUUUUACUAUAUUAUUAAUACGAAAAAUAAAAUAAAAAAUCUACUACAAUAUUAA